AUGGUGGUUAAAACUAGAGGGAGACCAGCCACCAAAGCUGCAGCAGUGGAAACAGAACCUUCGAAAGUCGCCGAUCCAAAAGUCAAAUUGCAGCCAGACGAUAUCAACCCUCCAAGAGUUUUCAUAUUACCAAAGGAUAUCAGUACAAAGGCUCGGAUUAUCACACUCGAGAAUCCUAGAUAUGCAAAGGAUAGUCGAUAUCUUGUGUGCCCCAACAAAGGUUUCAAUGAAUUUACUCGGAUAGCUGCACCAAAAACCACUCCUAAAAGCUGGUUACUUGUACCGGAAGAGGAGUCGACGGCACCAUUAGAGGAAGAACUACCCAAAGAUGAAACGAAUGAUAAAGAAGGCUCUUCAUCCAGAGCUAAAGGUUAUGUCACGAAGGGGGCAGAUCUAUUCAUUGCGACGCCAAUUGACUCUCUAUUCAUUAUUCUUCCAGCUCUGACACCUCUUCCCACGACUAAAGUCUCGGAUCCACCCAAGAAGUUGUUCCUGUCUGGCGAUGAUUAUUUCGACAAAUUGAUAUCUAUAUCACCACAUUUGGGGUCUUUCCUAAGAGCUGGCCCACUACGAUUGACGCUAGAAAAAAGAAUGACAGCAGUAUGCGAUACAGUGGACGCUGGGGACGAAACAAUGUUCAGAAUAAACGAGGAAAAGUUAUUCAAGGAACUCUUAAAGAAGGCCAAGAAAAUGGUUGAGCACGGAUUGCCUUCUAGUAUGGAGGAGAAACUCGUUAGAAAAGUGCUGGACGUACCAGUGUUGAGUAUCAACCGUGGAGAGGAAUCUACUCAGGAAGGAUUGAACGAGGAACAGAGUACAUCGGUAAAUUCAGGAACUUCGACUCCACGAGCCGAGUCACAAAAUACACAAAUUACAGACUCAUCCGCAGAUACUGUAGCCAGUUCAAUUUCAGAAGCUUCCACAGCAGUAACAUCAAUAUCGGGCGAUUUGGCUGGCGUCUCUAAAGAUGAGAAAAUAAGCAUGUUAUCGAUCGAUGCGCCCGAGGGAGUUGCGGAUCUGCUGCGCAUCCGUACGGCAUUCUUUUUCAUCUGCUCGAAUUACAUAGCCCCUCACCUCAGUGACACAUUGAAGAAUUUUUUGAAAUCAUCAGCAUCACCAAUCGACUUCACUUCCUUGGAUGGCCAUCUUGCAUCUCUAACGAAAUUGCGACAAGAUGCUUUGGCGGCAAGAUCUAUGGGAGAUUAUUCGAGAAAGCGAGCAACGGUAGGUGAUGAUGAAGAGAUAGAGACGCGCGCAGAAAAGAAGCGCAAACAAGACGAGGAGGAUAAGAGGAAAAAGGCUGGUGAGAGCAGAGGUGUCAAGAACCUAAAGAAGGUCAACACUAGUGGUAUGAAAAAGAUGAGCGACUUCUUCAAGAAGAAAUGA